AUGUUGGGUAGAAAGAUCGCCAGCACUUGUCUCCGAUCUGGUGUUCCGUCGGUUGCGGCGACGUCUUCCACGCCGGCCUCGCAGAAGCGUCACUCCCACACUAUCUGGUACCCGGAUGCUAAGUUCGAGCGUCAGUUCAAGGUGAAUUACCUGCAAAAAUUUCGGUUUCCAAUAAUUAUCGAUUUUCUCUGCAGACCGGAGGCACCCUCGGCAAGUUGUGGAUGUCGGAGCGCGUGUCGGAUUUCGAUGAAAAGAUUGGACUCGACAAGCUUGAGAAGUUGGCCUACUCGGAUCCAGUCAUGAGCGAUAAUUACUCUGGAAAGCACAGGUAGAGGAAUUUCAGAUAACCGUCCAAGUGCUGGAAUGAUGUCUGAUUACAGAGAGAAGAACCUUGAGAACAUGAUUCUCAACUUCGGACCCCAGCAUCCAGCCGCGCACGGUGUGCUCCGUCUGGUUUUGAAACUCGAAGGAGAAGUCAUCAUCAAAGCCAUUCCACAUAUCGGUCUCCUUCAUCGCGCCACCGAGAAACUCAUUGAGCACAAAACCUACACUCAGGUAAUCAAAUAAAAAUCAUUCACGCAAUCAAACUAAGAUAAUGCACUCAGGCUCUCCCAUACUUUGACCGUCUGGACUACGUCUCCAUGAUGUGCAAUGAGCAAGCCUGGUCGCUGGCCGUUGAGAAACUUCUCGGCAUUGACAUUCCUCCCAGGGCCAAGUACAUUAGAACCCUCAUGGGAGAGCUCACCCGCAUCCAGAACCACAUCAUGGGUAUCACCACCCACGCACUCGACGUCGGAGCCAUGACCCCGUUCUUCUGGAUGUUCGAGGGUACGUUACGCCAACUCCUGCUGAAACACCGUAAACAUUUUAAUAUUCCAGAACGUGAGAAGCUGUUCGAGUUCUCCGAGCGUGCUUCUGGAGCCAGAAUGCACGCCAACUACGUGCGUCCGGGAGGAGUCGCAUGGGAUUUGCCAAUUGGUCUCAUGGAUGAUAUCUACGACUGGGCCAUUAAGUUCCCGGAGCGUAUCGACGAGCUCGAGGACAUGCUCACCGAGAAUCGUAUCUGGAAGGCCAGAACCAUUGACAUCGGACUCGUCUCUGCCGCCGACGCUCUCAACUGGGGCUUCACUGGAGUAAUGGUCCGUGGAUCCGGAAUCAAGCAGGACGUGCGAAAAACAGCGCCGUACGAUGCCUAUGACCAAGUGGAGUUCGACGUUCCAAUCGGAACCAAGGGAGAUUGCUACGACAGAUACUUGUGCCGUGUUGAGGAGAUGAGACAAUCGCUGAACAUCGUCCACCAGUGCCUGAACAAGAUGCCGGCUGGGGAAAUCAAGACUGACGAUUACAAGGUGACGCCGCCGAAGAGAGGAGAGAUGAAGGAGAACAUGGAGGCGCUUAUCCAUCAUUUCAAGUUUUUCACCGAAGGUUUCCAAGUGCCACCAGGAGCCACCUACGUGCCGAUUGAAGCACCGAAGGGAGAAUUCGGAGUGUACCUUGUUGCUGACGGAACUUCCAAGCCAUACAGGUGAGAAAUGACGUUGUAGAACACAGUUUCAAUCUAAAAACGUUCAGAUGCUUCAUCCGUGCUCCAGGAUUCGCUCACUUGGCCGCUAUCCACGACGUCUGCUACAUGUCGCUCAUCGCCGACGUCGUCGCUGUCAUCGGAACUAUGGAUAUCGUGUUUGGAGAAGUCGAUCGAUAA